AUGUACGUUAUUAAGAGAGACGGCCGUAAAGAACCGGUUAAAUUUGAUAAAAUUACAUCCAGAAUCACCCGUCUUUGCUAUGGGCUAGACACAAAGCACAUUGAUGCCGUUAAAGUUACUCAAAGAAUUAUUUCUGGUAUCUAUGAAGGUGUCACCACUGCAGAACUAGACAAUUUAGCUGCUGAAACUGCUGCUUAUAUGACCACAAUCCACCCUGAUUACGGUACUCUAGCUGCUAGAUUGGCUGUCUCUAAUUUACACAAACAAACUACCAAACAAUUCUCUCAGGUUGUUUCUGAUUUAUACCAUUAUAUUAAUCCUGCCACUGGUAAGCGUGCUCCAAUGAUUUCCGAUGAUGUUUACGAUAUCGUUAUGAGACAUAAAGACGAAAUCAACUCUGCUAUCGUUUAUGAUAGAGAUUAUCAAUACAACUAUUUCGGCUUUAAGACUUUGGAACGUUCUUAUCUACUUAGGUUGAACGGUAAAGUUGCUGAACGUCCACAACAUUUGAUAAUGAGAGUUGCCCUUGGUAUCCACGGUGAAGAUAUCGAAGCUGCUUUGGAAACAUAUAAUCUAAUGUCUUUAAGAUAUUUCACUCAUGCAUCUCCAACACUUUUCAAUGCUGGUACCCCUAAAUCGCAAAUGUCCUCAUGUUUCUUGGUUGCAAUGAAAGAUGACUCUAUUGAAGGUAUCUAUGAUACUUUGAAAGAAUGUGCUUUGAUUUCCAAAACUGCAGGUGGUAUUGGUCUACAUAUCUCUAAUAUUCGUUCUACAGGUUCCUACAUUGCCGGUACAAACGGUACUUCUAACGGUUUAAUCCCAAUGGUUCGUGUUUUCAAUAACACUGCUCGUUAUGUGGACCAAGGUGGUAAUAAAAGACCGGGUGCCUUUGCUUUAUACCUUGAACCAUGGCAUGCCGAUAUUUUUGAUUUUAUUGAUAUUAGAAAGAAUCAUGGUAAAGAAGAAAUCAGAGCUAGAGACUUGUUCCCUGCCUUAUGGAUUCCAGAUUUGUUCAUGAAACGUGUUGAGGAGAACGGUCCAUGGACUUUAUUCUCACCAAGUGCGGCACCUGGUUUAGAGGAUGUUUAUGGUGAAGAAUUUGAAAAAUUGUACGAACGUUAUGAAAGAGAAGGUCGUGGUAAGACCAUCAAGGCCCAAAAAUUAUGGUAUUCUAUUUUGGAAGCUCAAACCGAAACUGGCACUCCAUUCGUUGUGUACAAGGAUUCCUGUAACAGAAAAUCUAACCAAAAGAACUUAGGUACCAUCAAAUCUUCUAACUUAUGUUGUGAAAUUGUUGAGUAUUCCGAUCCAAACGAAACUGCUGUUUGUAACUUAGCUUCCAUCGCUCUACCUGCUUUUAUUGAAACCUCUGAAGAUGGCAAGACAUCCACAUAUAACUUUCAAAAGCUACAUGACAUCGCCAAAGUUGUUACACGUAACUUAAACAAGGUGAUUGACCGUAACUACUAUCCUGUCCCAGAAGCUAGAAGAUCCAACAUGAGACAUAGACCAAUUGCUCUUGGUGUUCAAGGUUUGGCUGACACUUUCAUGUUAUUACGUCUACCAUUCGAUUCUGAUGCUGCUAAGGAAUUGAACAAACAAAUUUUUGAAACUUUAUACCACGCUUCUUUAGAAGCUUCUUGUGAACUUGCCCAAAAGGAAGGACCAUAUGAAACCUUUAGUACUUCUCCUAUUGCACAGGGUAUUCUCCAGAUGGAUAUGUGGGGUGCUAAGCCUUAUGGUAUGUGGGAUUGGGAUACCUUAAGAAAAGAUAUCAAGAAACACGGUGUCAGAAACUCUUUGACUAUGGCCCCAAUGCCAACUGCUUCUACUUCCCAAAUUUUAGGUUAUAAUGAAUGUUUCGAACCAGUUACUUCCAACAUGUACCAACGUCGUGUUCUUUCUGGUGAAUUCCAGAUUGUUAAUCCAUACUUAUUACGUGACUUGGUUGAUUUGGGUAUUUGGGACGAGUCUAUGAAACAACAUUUAAUUACUGCUAACGGUUCCAUUCAAGAUUUACCAAGUAUUCCACAAGACUUAAAGGACUUAUAUAAAACAGUUUGGGAAAUCUCUCAAAGACAUAUUAUCGACAUGGCUGCUGAUCGUUCCAUCUACAUUGACCAAUCUCAUUCUUUAAAUCUAUUCUUGCGUGCACCAACAAUGGGUAAGAUUACCAGUAUGCAUUUCUAUGGUUGGAAGAAAGGUUUGAAGACCGGUAUGUACUACUUAAGAACUCAAGCUGCUUCCGCUGCUAUUCAAUUCACCAUUGAUCAAAAAGUAGCUGCUCAAGCUAUGAACAAAGUUGCUGAUCUCACACAAUUAAACCGUCCAACAUACGUUCCAUCUCCUGCCAUUUACGAAAAUCCAGAAUCUCCUACUCCAGAUGAUUGGGUCAAGCCAGAUCACGCACCCGUUCCAUUAGCAUCAACCGAAUACGAAAAAAAAGUUAAAGAACCAAAAGAAACUGUUUCUAAAGCUAGAAGUAUAUCUCCAGCUCCAUCAGACGAGUCAGCUAAAGUUGAAGAAAAGAUAGCAUCAACUCCUGUUUCUGUUAUUCCAGAAACCAAAGCAAGCGAAAAGAUUGCUUCUAAUAUACCUGCUGAUGCUGGUGUUGAUACAGAGGAAACAGAAUAUGAUAUUUACAAUUCUAAAGUUAUUGCAUGUGCAAUUGAUAAGCCAGAAGCUUGUGAGAUGUGUUCUGGUUGA